AUGACUUCCCCAAAAGAAUCUACAUUGCUUGUCGACUACACUACCUCCGGCAAAUGGAGCGCAGUGAACCGAGUGACAGUCCCCAACCUGGGCGCCGCUUCCGUCGCAGCUAUAUACAAUAAGCACGGGUUCGUGAUUUCAGCAAUCUCCGCUGGAGAGAACAAAGAGACACCAGCGACCGCAAAGCUCUGCCAACAAUACAAAGCGAACAAGUCAAUUGUGUUUGGGAAUGAGGACGCCAUGGUUUGGAUACUCUACGAGAAGGUGAACGCCGUUGCAGGACCAACUCUCAAACCUGGCAUGAUGGACUCUCAGCCUGUCAAGACAUCUGUGCAGAUCUAUGACGGAGAGUCAUAUAUGGCCAAGACCAAUGAUGCCGGAGCGAAGUUCUCGAUCGCGUUGUCCGGGGGUGGUGUUCAGGCUACCUUGCAGAGACAGGAUGGACAAGGUACUGCAGUUGUACUUUCGGGGAACGGGACGGUUAUGAAAUGUCCUUAA